UUCAAAAUGACCGGUUGGGAAGAAGACACCAACGAGCAGUCACAAGGGUUAUACACAGGGUUGAAGCAAUCCAAGUAGUAGAAAGACGAAGAUCCACAUGACGGAAAAGGUUCUCCAGGAUAGAAAAAAAAUCGCGCGCGUGUUUCUACUGCUAGAAUUGUCUACUACCGGUUCUGAGACUCCAAUGCCUGACCCCAGCCAAAAAAAAUAACAUAUAAACAAGAAUAUCUUUUGAGUUUCCAAAUCAUUCAUCUUUGCCCGUUAUUUUACUCUCUUUUGCUUUCAAAAAGCUUUGACCCUUUACUUUCAUUUUUUUUUUCUUCUGAUAACUCCACACUCUUUAUUUCCCCCACAUGUCCUCUCCUUUGGCCUUAUCCGAUCACCCGUCCCACUAUUUUGACAACCACCGUCAUCAUCAAUACCAUCAAGCUAACAGCCAUGGUACACACUAUGCAUCUUCUCCUUUGCCGUCUCCUCCUCUUUCUACUACACAUCGUAUACUUCCAAACAUCGGCGAUCGUGGAAGAUUUUUAUUCCCAUUCAUAUCAUCUAAGCAAGUUCAAGAAUCAAGCAUCGAUCGAGACGACUAUGAAGGAGGUUAUAGCAGUGAUUUGGAAUUGAAGCCUAUUACCAACCAUUUCAAAGCUCAAACUCAAAUGUUGCCGCCUAUUCAGCAGAUUGUUACGCCCUCCAAUAGUCCGUCACCACAACCAAUCACAAGUCAAGUUGCUGGCCUCAAGCCUUCUCCCGAGUAUAUGGACAUUUAUGCAUCCAGUUCAGAAAGUUCCACGAGUGCUCCCAGUAGCCGUAAAGGCUCCAUCGCUUCACUUCUCAAUACGGACGACCACAACAAGCAUGUUGAACAACCAAUAUCGGAGCUUUUAGACAAUAACAUCGUUAUUCAAAUGUAUGAACCUGAGAAACACCGUCAGCACCAAGCCCAUUUUCAUCAUCAAAAAAAUGAGUAUCCACCUGCUGCUGUAUUGGCACCAAGAGGUCGACCGCCUCAUAGCAUUUCAGGCAAUAGAAAAAGGCGGUUGCACAGUGAAUGCGUAGUUCAUGAAAGCGACACUAAGGAGUUGUCAGGGGAGCGUGAUCGUAAACGUUACAGAUCAGCACCCAGUAGCCAAUCAUAUGGACAUCCGGUGUCAUUGGACACUACUGUGGCUCCACCCAUUAUCCAACAACAACGAGCGGUUGGACUACGACAUUUCAGUCAACAACUAUUAUACUGAGGGACAGUAUGACCAAAAGAACAUUCGUCGUCGUGUCUAUGAUGCUCUCAACGUUUUGAUGGCAAUGGAUAUCAUUGCAAAAGACCGUAAAGAGAUUCGAUGGCUCGGAAUCUCUGGACUUCAAAAGCCAACAGCAAAUGAUUUCGAAGGCGCGGAAUCGAGUAAAGUUCAAGAGGAAAAAAUGCUGCUUGAGCAAAGGAUUAAAACCCUACAGCAAUCUGUCAAGGAUACGAAGCAGAAGUUAGUUUACAAAAUCAAAAAAUAUGCUCAGUUUCGUAACCUUAUCAAUC